UAUCGAAGAUUACUGCAGUAUAGCAUAUGUUUAACAUAUACAAUAACAUCAUAUUAUACAAUAUUAGACAACUCUACGGUGUUCCUGUUGUAAAUGUACAUUGAACAAAAAAAGGCAUAUUAUCUUAGCGCUGUUUAGUCCCGGUGGUCGAAUAUUUCUACAGCACUACAAAUAUAGGGCACUCGUCACUGUCGCAUAUAUUUUCAGAUCAGACGGUCACCAGGACUCCAUUACAUCCAACGAUCCGCCGUAUUACCGCGAUUACCUUAAUUAAAAAUUCUAGAAGUGAUAAAUUUCCAAAAAUGUUUAGCUGUGUGAUAUGUAAAAAAGUUUACGUUCAUAAGCAUGAACUGAACAGGCACGCAAAAGCCCACGACGGAUCAGUGAAUUCGUGUGGGAUUUGCUUCAAGGUACUCUCCCGGAAAGAUAAACUCAGUUCCCACGUUCAAAACGUUCAUAUGAUCGCUAAAAAUACUCCUGAAUUCAACAACGCCGUACGAAUAAGCGGUGCAACGCAUUAUCACGUUUCAGUUAUAAGAUGGGCUCCCCCUACUACACCACAGAACGCUAAUUCAGCCACCCCACACCCGAUAGUCACCGCUACCCGGUCCAAUGCCUACAGGCCACCUGCUACCUCCGCCACCUUGGAUAGGUCAAACACGCUACCACCAACCCAGCAAUGUGCGACUCACGCUGAAAAUAAUAAAAAAAAAAUCGAUUGGAAAAAGUAUGCUGGAUAUUUGGAAAAUGUGAUCGCUUGGAAUUGUGAUCCAGCGAUUCCAUAUGAUUAUUAUUGGAAUAAUGAAAAAAUUGACGCCUCAGAUGAUGACAUUGGCACUAUAAUGGACCGUAACAUAGAUGAUGAAAUAAAUACUACUACAAGCUCGAGUGGACUUUCUACUGUCAUUACGUCGGCUAGUCAGCAGGUGGAAUACAUCUUUAAUAUCAAUGUUGACGACACGGACUCUGAUGACCACUAACUUUACAAGGAUGUGUAUAUUAUAUUGCAUUGCUAUACAAAUUGUUUACUAUCUUAUUAUACUAUGUUUUUUUUAUGUUUUUAUAUUUGUAUAUUAAAUCACAGUGUGCUCAUCAAUUUGUAA